GGUGCCGGUCGAAGCGAAAGGGAGGGGGUGACGGAGAGUGGGAGCGAUGGGGGAGGGGUUUUUAUGAAAAACAUUUCGAUAAAAAAACAGAAAACAAGGAUCGAAAGCGCCGAGGUGGUGGGGAUAUAAAUAAAUAAGAAGUCGACCCAGAAUGAAUAAAUAAAUCCGGCGACGGAUCGAGGAAGGCCAAGAAAAGGGCGCAGCGUCGAAAGUUCGAGAAGGAGCGUCGUUUCCGUUGGAAGUUUUUUGGAAAAAAACACACAACGGUCGCGGCUUUCGGUUUAUUUGGGGAAAAAGGAAACUCACGGCGAUGAGCGGCCCCGGGGCCAAGUUGCCGCGUCUUGAGGCGCCGGGGCGCGGGGACGAACCGUCGUCGGCGGCCGCGGCGACGACGUUGGGCGCCAAGCCGUCGGCCGUGCAGCUGCCCGCGCAUGCGCCGCCCGUCGCCGUGGCGACCGUCGCCCGGGCGACCCCGGCCGCCGGGGAGACGCAGCGCGCGCUGGAGGCGGUGGACGCGUGCCAGCGCGAGCUCGAGGCGCUGAGCGAGCGCGCGGGCGAGGAGAUCCUGCGGGUCGAGCGCAAGUACGGCGAGCUGCGGCGGCCGCACUUCGAGCGCCGCAACCGGCUGAUCGAGGACAUCCCCGGCUUCUGGGUCACCGCCUUCCUCAACCACCCGCAGCUCUCGGCUCUCAUCGAUGAGAAUGACGAGGAGGCAUUUAAUUACAUGAUGAGGCUGGAGGUCGAAGAAUUUGAAGACAUCAAGUCGGGCUACAGAAUUAAGUUCCACUUCGGCGAGAACCCUUACUUUGAGAACAACCUCAUCAUCAAAGAAUUCCACCUGGGAACUGGAGGGAAGCCUGUGUCCCAGUCCACCCCCAUCAAAUGGAAGAAGGGCAUGGACCUGACAGCAUUGAGUAAAAGCCUGGAUGAAAAAGGACGCAAGCGAGGCCAUCGCAGUUUCUUCUCCUGGUUCACGGAGCACCGGAACCCCACCACUGAUGAGAUUGCUGAGGUACUAAAGGAUGAUAUGUGGCCAAACCCUCUGCAAUACUUCCUGAUCGCUGAGAGCGAGAGUGGGGAAAACGGACUGGAUGACAGUGAUGAAGAGAAUGGGGAUGACUCAGUGGUCAUUGUGGAUGAGGACGAAGAUGAGGAAGAGGACGAUGAAGAUGAUGAUGACGUGCAGGAGAUAGUGGACGAGGACGAUGAUGACGAGGAGGAUGGGUCGGACGAUGAGGGCGAUGACGAUGUGCAGGAGAUUGAUGAUGGGGAGGAGGUCGAAGAGGAAGGAGUCGAGGUGGAGGAGGGGGAGGAAGAUGACAGCAGACCAACAGAAGGGGGCAACGGUUAAAGCAUUCCCUGUUCUGCCACCCACUUCCACUCCCCCACCCCUGAAACAAAAUUUGUGAAUAAAACGGGUGCAUUUGCUGGUGUAUGAGUGAGAGUGAGUGAGUGAAUGAAUGAACGUGUGAGACAGCGAGCGAGUGAAUGCCUGUGUCUACACCCCCAUCCUGGCGAAGGAGCAACCGAGCAACCCCUUGGGUAUUCAGUGCUUGGCCUAACCCCACCACCCCCCUCAAUUAAUAAUGUCACCUCCCAGCUUGGCCGUCUGGGAUUCCCAACCCACCCCCAGCCAGCUGCAACAGUGCUUGUCCCAGCACUGUGCCUGUUCUGUCCCAAAGAACAGGCACCAAGAUGCCUUCAACUGUGCCCCACCAGGAUGCCCUGCUGCACUGAAGUUCGGUGGGGUGUAACUGGAUUAGCGAUUGUCCAAAUGGAGACCUGUUGGCAGCCUUUGGUGGGGAAGCAGGGAAAGAGAGGGAGAGGUGGGGACCCUCUUGGAAUCAGAAAGCCAGCUCCCUGCCCACCUCUUCGCCCUGAGAGACAGCUUUCAACUGUCUGCAGCUUCGGCUUCGGUCAGCACUGCAUGACAGGGCAACAGUUUUUGUCCUCCCCUCUUGUCUGACGUAUCACUGUAGCCCACUUUGUUCGGGCCCAUGGGAUUGCUCCUGUUGUGUGUGUCCGUGUCCGUGUGUGUGUGUCCGUGUGUGUGUGUCCGUGUGUGUGUGUCCGUGUGUGUGUGUGUGUGUGUGUCUGUUUUCAUUGCAACAUUUUUUCUACAAAGUGUAUGUAUGUAUGUAUGUAUAUAAAUGCCAGUAGAUAGGACUCAGAGCCUGCAUUUUCCUGCCUGUUGCCUCCUAGGCAUCCUCCCCACCUGCCCCACCAAACUAGGACACAUCACUGAGGUCAGCCCCCUCAGGAGGGCUGUUACUGCACUAGGCAAAUGGGACACAUAACAAGGAGAUACAAAGUGUUUGACAGUGUAGAAGAAGUUUUACUUGGUACCUAGCCCCCUAUCUCUGGGACUGUUUGAUUGGGGCGGGGUGGUGGAGAGACAGUGUAGGGGAAGCCUUACCCUGUAUCUGACCACGUGCUAUCCCUGUCCCUGGGAGUGUUUGAAGAGGGGGGUGUGGGCAGUGUAGGGGAGCUUCGCCCUGUAUCUAACCCUCUCAAUUGCCUAGGAUUGGGUGUUUGUGGGGGAGGUGAAAGGACAUGGGGAACAGUCUUGCACAUUUGGGGGUUCAGUGCGGGGGCUGGGGGGGUGUUGUCUGACAGCCAGAUGGGGCCGGUACCCGUGGGCCGUGACUGUGAAUGGUACUGCACUGCAGUGGCAAGGUAGAGAGGUGUCCACCCAUUGCUGAGCCCCUCUCCAAGAGCCGAUUCUACGCCCCGAGGGUCCCCUGCCACUUGCUGUGGGAUUAGGGGAUACUGAAUUUUCUAUUGCCCGCUAUGCCUUUUUUAAAAAAGAAAAAGAUUUGUUAGGAUCUCUGUUCCUCCUGGUUCAAGUCGGGAGCUUGGUUUGAGGUGACUGACUGGACCCUGGGCUCAAGCCUGUGGGUCUGUGUACGGCGUGCCUGUGCCUGUGUGUGUAUAAACACUUGGAGUGCUAUUCCCAAGUAGCAAUAACGGUGACGUUUACAAAGUACGCACCGCGGGAGAGGUGUUGGGAUGUCACAGAGGGUCUCUGAGCUCUUGGUGCCCACCAUCUCCCCCUCCCUCUUGUUUGAGAUGCCAACCUGUACCCUCUUUUAUAUUGCCCUGUCCUGCGGCGUUUUUGUUGUACUCUGUCUCUCUUUUAGACAAUGCUUUUAAACGACAGGCCUGUGCUUGAUUUUAUAAUUAUUAUCAUUGAUCUUCCUCUCUCUUUUUUUCUGUUGAAGAUGUAAGAAGGAAGGAGCCCCUAGCAGUUUACGAUGUAAUUAAUAAUAUUGCCUCAUUUUCUUUGCUUUGGAGUCCAGUUAAUUUUCAGGAGGUUGGAGAUUUUAUCUGUUGAGUCAAAAGCACUGUAAGUCAGCUUCCUAUUUUAAUAAAUGCUGUUUGGUCUCAUA